AUGGUUUUCCAUUAUCUAUCUAUCUAUCUAUCUAUCUAUCUAUCUAUCUAUCUAUGGUUUUCCAUUAUCUAUCUAUCUAUCUAUCUAUCUAUCUAUCUAUCUAUCUAUCUAUCUAUCUAUGGUUUUCCAUUAUCUAUCUAUCUAUCUAUCUAUCUAUCUAUCUAUCUAUCUAUCUAUCUAUCUAGCCCGUCAGACUUUCUCUGGCCUGACUCUGGUGAACAGAUUGUAAUAUCUAUCUAUCUAUCUAUCUAUCUAUCUAUCUAUCUAUCUAUCUAUCUAUCUAUCUAUCUAUCUGAGUAUAAAACUAUCGAUAUCUCUAUCUAUCUAUCGAUCUAUCUAUUUCGUUUUCUAUCUAUCUAUCUAUCUAUCUAUAUAUAUAUAUAUAUAUAUACGUUUUCUUUGAAAUUAGGUAUAAAACUAUCUAUCGAUCUAUCUAUAUACGUUUUUUAUCUAUUUAUCUAUCUAUCUAUCUAUCUAUCUAUCUAUCUAUCUAUAUAUAUACCUUUCUCUAUCUAUCUAUCUAUCUAUCUAUCUAUAUAUAUAUAUACGUUUUCUUUGAAAUUAGCUUUGAAAUUUUCUAUCUAUCUAUCUAUCUAUCUAUCUAUAUAUAUAUAUAUAUAUAUAUUUUCUUUGAAAUUAGGUAUAAAAAUUAGGUAUAAAACUAUCUAUCGAUCUAGCUUUAUCUAUCUAUCUACACAACAGGUGGUGCUUGAAUGUAAGUUCAAGUGGUUCAAAUAA